AUGACACAGAAAUACAAGAAAUUGAAACCGCCAGAAUUUACAGGAGGUAUUGAGCCAUUACAAGCAGAGGUAUGGGUACUUGAGACUGAGAAAAUUUUUGAAGUGUUUCCAUGUAAUGAUACAUAUAAAGUUCUAUUAGCCACAUUCACUUUGAAGGAAGAAGCGAGAAGAUGGUGGAUGCUCAUUCGAGAUAUGAACAGGGACUUGACAUGGGAUCGAUUCAAAGGAAUGUUUUAUGAAAAGUAUUUUCCACAAUGCAUGCGAGAUAGAAAAGUAUCCGAAUUUGAGCAGCUGAAGCAAGGUAUAAUGUCAGUAGCGGAGUAUGAAAGUAAGUUUACCGAAUUAGCUCGUUAUGCUCCUCAUAUGGUUGAUACAGAAUACAAGAAAGCAAGGAAAUUUGAGGGCGGCCUACAUGUUUAA